GGAAAAAAUUCUCUCAAUAACUCACUUUCAAUAAAUAUCUUUGGCGAUUCUUCUCCCUUCCCACUGCGUGCCUCUUCCCGAUAUCCCGUCCACAGACCACCAUGGCGGACGCCUUCAAAGCCCGAACGCUAAAACGGAAGAAUGUUAAAGGUCUCGCACUUAAUGCCGCAGCAUCGAAACUGGGAUCAAAACCGUCCGAUGGGGACGCACAAAUCCCCGGAGCGAUUGGGAAUACUGACAGCAACCGCACGGACACCCUUGAGAUCGGAUUGGAGUUUCAACUGGAUCUGCGGAGUGAAGACCUAAUGGUCCUGAAGGAGCUUGGGGCUGGCAAUGGAGGAACAGUUAGCAAAGUGAUGCAUGCCUCCACAAAAGUAAUCAUGGCUAGAAAAAUCAUCCGGGUUGAUGCUAAAGAGAAGGUCAGAAAGCAAAUAUUGAGGGAGCUGCAAGUCGGCCGUCACUGUGACUCUCCUUAUAUCGUUACGUUCUAUGGUGCGUUCACAAACGAGGCUCGGGAUAUUGUGCUGUGUAUGGAGUACAUGGAUGGUGGUUCUCUCGAUCGCAUUUCGAAAGAUUUUGGACCUGUUCGGGUUGAUGUUCUAGGAAAGAUCGCGGAGUCAAUCUUCGCCGGCCUUGUCUAUCUAUACGAAGCACACCGUAUCAUGCAUAGAGACAUUAAGCCAUCUAAUGUUCUCGUUAAUUCUAGAGGACAUAUUAAACUCUGCGACUUUGGCGUUGCAACGGAAACUGUCAACUCUGUGGCGGACACAUUCGUUGGCACUUCGACCUACAUGGCCCCUGAGCGGAUUCAGGGGGAGGCCUACUCCGUGCGAUCCGACGUAUGGAGCGCCGGACUAACGAUUAUGGAACUAGCAGUUGGUCGUUUCCCAUUUGACUCGUCAGAUACAGCUGCUGGAGACAGGGCUAGUGCUGGCCCGAUGGGCAUUCUGGACUUGUUACAACAGAUAGUCCAUGAGCCCGCCCCAAAGCUUCCAAAAAGCGAUGCCUUCCCCGCGAUUCUAGACGAAUUUGUUGCUAAAUGUUUGCUUAAGAAACCAGGAGAACGGCCAACUCCACGUGAACUUUUUGACCACGAUGCUUUCAUCCAAGCUGCCAAGAGAACUCCAGUUAACCUCCGAGAAUGGGCCAUUAGCAUGAUGGACAGGCACAAUAGAAAGUCCUACCUGGCGCCACCAGCCCCUCGAGCGAUCAACCGGGACGGGUCAAGAGACUCCAUAUCUGAGUCGAGAUCUCAACAGCAGCCGGAUCCUCAUUCCCACCCAACUCCUACCUCUGGGGAAAUUCCCUUGAAUUACUCGCAUGAACCAUAUAUUCAACGCGACGAACAAACACCUCGCGCAAGCAACCCCUCUCCAACUCUCGGCCUCGAGCACCUCAAUAUCAACAACCAUAGCCAACCCCAAGUAAAUGGCCAGGCUGGGUGGCCUAGAAGAUCUCCAUAUACGCCUGGUCAUCAUUCCAAUACCAAUUCACCUCAGGCGUUCACGUCGCCACGGGCUGCUCCGUCACCUCGUCACCCAUCGCCUAGAAAUCCCCCACAGUCCGCCGGCCUGCCACUACGGACUGGCCCUCCAUCCAAUGGGCAAAUGCCUCCUCCUCCACCAGCCUCUAGUGGGCUAGGUUCGUGGUCACGGAGUCAGGGUAAUCGGGCUUGAACUGGCAUUGAAUAUUUGAGUUAUCGUACAGUUUCCAAGUAUACGUGAUUGUCAAGAGCUCUCUUCUCCGAUAUGUUGUUAUCUCAGUUCUAAUCUCGUACCGUCUACAAGCUUAUGUUCCUUUCAGUCUAGCGUCUGUUUAUGGAUGGCUUUCACCGUCUCUCUUUUAUCUCUUUAUCUCCAUUUUUAUAUGCAUAUCAAGGCGUUGCACCGCAUUGAUAACGUUUCUUGCGAUUUUCACAGCUUUCGAACUGUUUUUGGAAUGUAUUUUUCGACUAUCUUGAAUAACUAUGUGCUUGCGAUCUGAUUGAAUUGUCGCCUCUUUUCUUUCUCCCCCCCGUUUUCUCCGCUUCCCUAGAGAAAAUAUGAUCGAUCCCACGACCAACACUUCGGUUUAUUCUGCACAGGAAUUGGUUUCGCGGUGCUGAGAAAAUGGGAUGAAUUUGGCUCAUUA